AUGGCUGACGUGAUAGUUGUUAGAGCUGCCACAGCUCUUCGUCGCGUCUCUUUCCACAACGACCACAAGAAAUACCCCGUACGGACCUUCAGUAUGGCGGAACCCGAAAGUUCUGCGCCCAUACCGGUGCCCAAGGCAAAAUCCGAGGGGACUCUGACGGAUAGCGAGCCCAUAUACACCCCAGAGGGAGCAACAACGCCCUCCCUAGGCUCCUCUCCCGAACAGGCUAUCGCAGACACACCUACGCUUGGUCCCACGCUCUCUGCGAGCCCGAGACUGUCAAGGAACCCUUCUUUCUCUAAUAGCAGCUCCUACCAGGAGGACUGGGAUAUUCCGCCUCUGGACAGACUCACCGUCCUCGACCUUCUCGACAACUUUGCCCUCCCUCAACACCUCGAGAAGAUCUCCAAGGGAAUCUCGGCGCAGACGCAGAAGCUGCGUAAGUCGCGCGAUGCUUUGACGUCGAGAGGGCAGCUUGCGCGCGAGCGCAUGGUGGAGGAAUGGAGGCAUCGCGUGCCCACCGCCGACGAGCAGCUCGACCGCUACCGGAAACGCAUGCAGCGCAGCAUCGACAGGCUGGGCAAACAAUGGAACGACACGCGCGUAAUCACGGUUCGGGAAAAGGUGUCCUUCAUCUUUGGCGUACUCAACAUCUUCAUGAGCGGCUACAUCAUCGGCGCCUACCCAGAGCUCAUGCAUCUCUGGUACUCGGUGCAGAUCAUGUACUACAUGCCCAUCCGAUAUUACACCUACCACCGACGCGGCUACCACUACUUCCUGGCUGAUCUCUGCUAUUUCGUCAACUUUUUGCUGAUGCUUAGUAUAUGGGCAUUCCCGAGUUCAAAGCGCCUCUUCACCGCCACCUUCUGCCUGGCCUUUGGCAACAACGCUGUCGCCAUCAUCCUGUGGCGCAACUCGCUUGUCUUCCACAGCUUCGACAAGGUUACCUCGUUGUUCAUCCACGUCAUGCCGUGCGCGACAAUACAUUGCAUGGUGCACCUGUUCGACCCAGAAAAGCAGGCAAAGCGCUUCCCGGGCAUCUACAACGUCAAGUACUCGCCCAAGGGAUCGCCGACGGCCUACGUUAACCUCGUGUCCAUGCUGCUGUGGUCGACGAUCCCGUACGCGAUCUGGCAGCUCUCGUACUACUUCUUCAUCACGGUGCGCCGCCGCGAGAAGAUCGCCGCCGGCCGCCCCACCUCGUUCACCUGGCUGCGCAAGUCGUACGCCAAGACCAUGGUCGGCAAGUUCGUGCUGUCGCUGCCCGAGGUCCUGCAGGAGCCGGCCUUCAUGCUGAUCCAGUACGGCCUCGCCUGCGCCACGAUGCUGCCCUGCCCGCUGUGGUUCUACAGCCGCUGGGCCAGCGCCGCGUUCCUCAUGACGGUGUUCACGUGGUCCAUCUACAACGGCGCGACGUACUACAUCGACGUGUUUGGCAAGCGCUUCCAGAAGGAGCUCGAGGCCAUGAAGGCCGAGGUCGCCAAGUGGCAGACGAGCCCGGAGUCGGUCGGCCUGGGCAGCCCGCCGCUCGCGCCGCACCAGGAGAAGGAGGCGGAGGCGGAGGGUAUCGGCUCCAAGGUCGGCGGCGGCGAGGUGGAACGCAGCAGCAGUCUUGACAGGAUCCCGCUACUCAACGAGGAGACCUCGAAGCAGCAGCGGGCUGCCUCCGAUGCCGAGGUCUCGGGCUCGGACACGGGCGCCAAGGAUGUCGCGAGGCAGAGGAAGGGCGUCGAGUUUGAGACUGGUGCAUGA